ACAUCUAUGUCAAGCAUGUGUGGCUAACGGCUUAAGUCCAAAAAGAAUCUAAGUCCAAAAUACUGACUAGCCUUCUAGCUCGUCAUUCCCCCUAGUUAACCGUGCCUCAGGUUUCACUUCUUGAAAUGGUGGACAAGGAAAACUAUGAGAUAAGAUAUCUCAGCAUCAGCUUCAGUAAUAACCAAUGUAUUAUUCCAUUGGCAGGAUUACAGAAUGAAUCGGUUCUAUUGGUAUACAUGUCGACAUGUGCUAGCGUUUGCAAACUCCCACUAGUGGGCGUUAGUAAUCAGUAAUCAUGACUAUAUUAGAGACAAAACCAUGCAGGAUGUAAUAUCCCAAAUUUUCUGAAAUUCUAGCAUUUAAGUUGAGGACCUUUGUGCGAGGAAAUAUUAUUUUGGGGCUUAAUAGUGAAUAUUUCGAAACUUGAGGGAUUUAAAAGAGUAAAAAUUAGGAUAAAAAGGGGUAAGGCUGCUAAUUUUUCCUCAGCCACAUGGGUCAUCUUCUUCCCCGUUGUAGCCACACGAAAGAAGAAAAAAAAAAGGAACCAAGCUACCGGCAACAACCUUUGAGAAAACCGGUAGGAAGCUUGGAUAUUUCUCCUUCUUUUCUUGUUCUAGGACUGAAAUUAAACCCAGAAAUUCCCCCCCCCCCUCUGCAGAAAUCCGGAUCUGCUCUGCUCUGCUCUGCUCUGUCCGUUCGGUGGCUGCUCUUUAUUGUUGGGUGUGAUUUUUUUGGUUCUGGUAAGGGGGAACAGCCAUUAAAUUCUCUUUUCUCACUUGAUUUUGCUUGGGUUUACUCUAAUUUCCCUUGGUUUUUCCAAUUUUGGUAGACCCCUGAAUUUCUCCUUCAUUCCCGUCGGCUUCCCCUAGCUUGCAGCUACGGUUUUUGCUGCUGAAUUCUGGUAUGUGACAGCCAUUUUAAGCCUUAAAUUAUCCAUUAGCUGCUGAGCUUGUCCAUGAAUUACUGCCCCAUGUGCUGUCCGAAUUUUGUUGAAUUAGGCGGAUGAAUUUCGAUAGCUUUAAGUGGGGUUUUUGUUUAAUUUAAGUGGAAAUGAACUUGAGUAGUUGCU